AUGUCUGCCCGAGCUUUGAAGACCACCACCUUAACCACCGUGUCCUCAUCCAGGGGCCCAGGCCAGGGCUUCAGUAGCCGUUCCUUCUCCGGCUACGGCGGCCGAGGUGUGGGCGGCGCCCGGCAGAGCUGCGCCGUCCGCAGCUCUUACGGCGGGAUAGGCAGCAGCGGCGCCGCGGUCGGCGCCGGGGGGUUCAAGGUAGCCGGUGGGUAUGUCGUCGGGGGGUCAGCCCAAAGGGCCGGGGGGUUAGAGUUUGGCUUUGUGGGCUUUGGUGGAGGCAUGGGGUGUGGCAUGGCCCAGGAGGUGGUGGCUCCCAUCACGACAGUGACUGUGAACAAGAGCCUGCUGGCUCCCUUGAACCUGGACUUUGACCCCACCAUCCAGGCGGUCCGCAUCCAGGAGAAGGAGCAGAUCAAGACCCUCAACGACCGUUUCGCUUCUUUCAUUGACAAGGUGCGCUUCCUGGAACAGCAGAACAAGAUGCUGGAGACCAAGUGGAAAGUUCUGCAAGAGCAAACCACGGCGCCCUCCAACAUCGACGCCAUGUUCGAGGCCUACAUCGCCAACCUGCGCCAGCAGGCGGACAACCUGGGGCACGAAAAGGUCAAACUGGAAUCGGACCUGCACCACAUGGCCGGUCUGGUUGAGGACUACAAGACCAAAUACGAGGAUGAGAUCAACAAGCGCAACGACUGUGAGAACAACUUUGUCCUCCUAAAGAAGGACACAGAUGCAGCCUACCUGGUGAAGGCAGAGCUGGAGGCCAAACUGGACGCACUUUCUGACGAACUGGACUUCCUGAGGCAGAUCUAUGACGCCGAAAUCCAAGAGCUCCAGAGUCAGAUCAAGGACACGUCGGUGGUGGUGGAGAUGGACAACAGCCGCAGCCUUGACAUGGACGCCAUUGUUGCUGAAGUGCGGGCUCAGUAUGAAGACAUCGCCAAUCGAAGCAGAGCUGAGGCCGAAUCAUGGUACCAGUCCAAGUACGCAGAGAUGCAGGAGUCUGCAGGCAAAUGUGGCGACGACCUAAAGUCCACCAAAGCAGAGAUCGCCGACAUGAACCGCAGGAUCAUGAGACUGCAGUCUGAAAUCGACAUGGUUAAAUCCCAGAUCAACAGCCUGGAGGCUCAGAUCGCGGAGGCCGAAGAGCGCGGUGAGCUGGCGGUGAAAGACGCCAAGCUCCGCAUCCGAGACCUGGAGGAAGCCCUCCAGAGGGCCAAGCAGGACAUGGCCCUGCAGGUGCGCCAAUACCAGGAACUGAUGAACGUCAAGCUGGCGUUGGACAUCGAGAUCGCCACCUACAGGAAGCUGCUGGAGGGAGAGGAGGACAGGCUGGCAGCUGGAAUCAAGACCAACGUGUCCAAAGUGACUUCUUUAAACUACAAGACUUAUGGUCUGGAGAGUUCUCGCACCCCGUCCUACAUGAGCUGCUCCUUCGGCGCUGUCAAGGCCAGCGGAGGUUCCGCCUCCGGCCACGAGGGGGCAGCAGUGAAGAGCACCAUCACAGUCACCAAGUCAGAGACGGUGGUGACCGCCAGUGAGGGGAAGAAGGAGGAGGUGGAGGUGAAGGUGGAGGUCCCCGCUGUGGAGGAGAAGAAAGAGCAGGAGCAGGAGCAGGUGGAGGCAGCGGCUGAAGAGUGA